GUUGAAAACCUUUGAUCUUCAUUGAUCAACAAUUAAUAAUGGAUUCUAAUGUAGGGUACGAUCAAAAUAAAUUUGAAGAACAAUACUUUGUUCCUCCUUGUUAUCGGUUCGACCCGACCGACAAGGAUUUAAUUGAUUUUUUAAAUUUAAAAGUCAAAUGUCUUCCCUUACCUCCCAAUCCUAUUCACGUAGAAGACAUUUACCAAUACCAUCCUCAAAAUCUCAUCGAGAGGUAUACGAUGAUUAGAGAAAAAGAGUGGUACUUCUUUUCACCAAGAACUAAGAAGUAUCCUAACGGAGAGAGGCCCGAUCGAUCGGCUGGCAACGGAUUCUGGAAAGCGAGCGGAGCUCAAAAGCCUAUUUCAAACUCCUUAGGAUUCAAGAUGAAACUUGAUUAUUAUGAGAACAAAAAUCAAAUUCUCACAAAAAAGAGGAAGGAUACUGUGGAUUACAGGAAAACAACUUGGAAAAUGCAUGAGUAUACUUUCAAACACCCGCACCAAGACAGAACCAAUAUGCAGUUGGACGAAUACGUGCUAUGCAAGAUAUAUAAUUCUAAGAAAGCAAAGAAGCAAGAUGAUAAAGAUGGAGCAGAGGCAGAGAAUACAAAUUCCAUGCCACAAAACAAUGAAAUAGUUGCAUGCACUUCAAAUUCAGCUGCAACAAAUUAUUUUGCACCAGUUGAUCAUCAAAUUACGCCACGGAUAAAUCCGUAUUUACAUGAUAUUUCGGUUCCACAAUACGUCCAACAUUCAGCUGAUAAUUACGGGUGGCUACCUUCUCCUUCACAUGAUAAUUAUUUCAUGGACUUCAAUAAUUGUAGCUACAAUGCACCAGCUCAGAUACAAGAUUCUUGUUUCUAUAAUAGCAAUGAAUUAAUUCAACCCGUCAAAUUAGAAGAUGAGGCUUGGUUUGAUAGCUGCAUGGAGAUGGAUCCAGGAUGCAUUGACACAAACGAUGAUGAAGCUUCUUCAAUGCCACCAUUUGUGGAGCAUAAUCAGAAGAAUGAAGCUACAUCUGACACUGAUCUACAUUUCAAAAAAGAUCCUAAAUAAAUUCAAAAUAUAAUGCAGCCUCAUUGUUGUUUUAAUUUUUUCUGUAAUAAAAUUUUUGGUCAUUCUUA